AUGGUGAACUUCAGUCUGCGGCUGCGCGACAACGUCGUCUCCGAGUGGCGCAGCGACUACUUGGACUACGACGGGCUCAAGCGGAUGCUCGAGCACCAGCACGAGGUCGAAGCAGCUGCCACGAGCCGCCGUCUGACGCCUGGGAGGCGCCACCCGCUGCGUUCGGAGCUCCUCAGCUCGCAAAUGGCUACAAAGAUCAGUCAAAUGGGUACAAAAAGUAAUCAUACACGCGCUGCAUUCCUAAACCGCUCAGGGUCGCCACUGUCAGCUACCGACUCGGAGCAGCUCCAGUCGCUGCUCUCUCCGCCCGUCGCCUUUGACGAAGCGCUCGAGUGCGAGUACAAUAAAGUGGAGCACGCGUACAAACGCCACGCCGCUCAGCUCGCGGAACAGCUCGAGCACUUGCAAGCUCAACAUCGCGAUGAUGCACCAGCCACUGCUCAGGAAUCGCUCAAGAAUUCGCUGGUCGAGCUGCAUCGGAUGCUGAAUUUACUGCACAAUUUUGCUGUACUGAAUUACACUGGAUUUGUCAAGCUGUUCAAGCGCUACGACAAGAUUUUGAGCGUCUCAGUGGACAAACGCAAGGAGCAGAAAGCCAAGCUACAGACGUUUGAGUUUGCCAAAGCACGGUCGUGUUUGAGGCUCUUGAAACGAGUGGAAAGAUCGUUUGCCGACUGGUUCUGUGACGGCAACGUGACGGUUGCAGUCGCGACGCUCAUGACAAAGAAGGAGGAUUUUGUGAAUUGGGGCCACAUUUAUCUCGGUAUCAAGAGUGGAUCGUGUCUCGUCUUGCUGAUCUGGGUGUGCUGGGACUCACUCGUGGUUCCCACGUUUCGUAAUGAACGGGAAGAUCGUCUCAUCGAUCUUGUACGAACUCGUGCUUAUCCGGUUUACCGUGGCAUUGGCUGCCUCCUUUUGUUGCAUUGGUUGGUCGGAGUCUCGCUCUAUGUGUGGCGCGCAGCACGAAUUAACUAUCGGUACAUCUUUGAGCUAAAUCCACGACGAGCGCAGUCGUACCCGCAAGUGUUCAGCGAUGCCACCAACAUGACUAUUGUGUAUUUGGCAAACGUGUUGCUCUAUUACAAGGUUGUGAACGGUUAUUUCCCGGAAGAGCUACUACACCGUGGGUACUAUCCGCUGGUGCUGUUCCUUUACACCUUUUACUUUUACGCUAUCCGUCCAUGGGGACAGCAGCUUGGUAUGCUGCGAACUUUGUGGGAAGUCGUAUGUUCGCCGCUAUAUCCAGUGUCGUUCUUCCACACUUUUGUAGGAGACUAUUUGACGAGCACGGUCAAAGUGACGCAGGAUGUCAGUUGGUCAAUCUGCUUCUUUGCAACUAAGGAGUUUCUCCGCAAAGAUGUUAACCCGAUCGCUGUCGGCACGCAGGAUCCGCAGACUUCUCCCAUGGAUUCAGUUGAAGAGACUUGUGCUGACAACGUGUACUACCUGAAUGUGGUCGUGCCAUUGGUGUGCGUGUUACCGCUAUGGUGGCGGUUUCUGCAAAAUCUUCGCCGCGUGUACGAUACCAAGACGUGGUGGCCACAUUUGCCCAAUGCUGCCAAGUACGCCCUUGCGCAGGUGGUGGUGCUGUUCGGUCUUUUCCACCCUUUGUACAGCGACGAUAGCGACGAGACUACGUUGCACAUGCAUGUGCGAAUGUUCGUGGUAGUAUGGCUGUUCCUGUUCACGGCAAGUUCGCUGUACACAUGGAUCUGGGAUAUAACGAUGGACUGGGGUCUCGGUCGACCGCAGUUCAAGUUCCUGGGAGACUCGCAAAUGUUUUCGCGCAAGUGGGUCUACUACGCUGCCAUUAUUGCCGACCUCUUCCUGCGAUUUGCUUGGACUGUCACGCUCAUUCCGCCGCGCGGUGCAGCUCGUUGGCUGCCGCUGUAUUUGCAGCCUUUUACAAUUGUGCUUGAGCUGUUUCGCCGGACAUUUUGGAGCUUCUUCCGGUUGGAAAAUGAACACCUACGCAACACACAAGGGUUCCGUCGCGUGGACUUCAUCCCGCUUCAUUACGACCACGGCGUUGGCGACGUGGACAAAGACGUUGGCAAUAAAGAGGAGCAAUUGGACUUCCGAGUCUUCACGCUCAAGAUCCUGGCCGUGCUUUUCACAGUGUUGGGGCUCAGUGUCAUUGCUAUUGUUGUCGAGCGCUAG